AUGGAGAAUAUGUACGAUGUUGUCGUUGUUGGUGCUGGAAUCUUUGGAUCCUGUACGGCGUUUCAUUGCCAAAAGUUGGGUCUCAAAACACUUUUAUUAGAACAGUACACUGUCGGACAUAAGAAUGGUAGCUCACACGGAAUGACGAGAAUCAUUCGAUAUGCUCACACUGAAAAGGAGUACUUACCAUUAGUCUCGGACUCUUACAUUCAGACAUUUGAGAUGGAAGAGCUUCGAAAUGAAAGACUUUGGAAGAAAACGGGUCUUCUUUGGGUGUCGAAAGGAGAGGAAAUCGAUAAAAUUUCCGAAAAUCUCCGCGCUUUCAAGGUUGAACACGAAAUUUUCAACGGUUUUCAGAUCAACCGCAAAUACACGCAGUUCAAAUUCGGACAGGAAUGGAAGGGCUUGCUGGACCCAAUGGGCGGAGUCAUAUUUGCCGACAAAUGGCUUCAAGCCUACCAAGCAGAAUUUAAGCAGCUAGGAGGUGUUCUUCAAGAUAAUGAAGAAGUGACAGAAUAUAAAGAAAACGAUGAGACUGGGGUGUGCGUGUACACCAACCGUGGCACUUAUACGGCAAAAAAGGUGAUUUUCACCGUUGGGGCUUGGAUUGGAAAGCUGCUGCCCGAGCUCAAGUUCAAACCGGAGCCUAUUAGUAUUGCCGUCUGCUUCUGGGAGCCAAAGGACAAGAAGGACGAAAAAAUGUUUUCAGACGAUCACUUGCCAGUGUUUAUCGCACAGGACAACGAUUUGCAACAAUUUCACUUCGGCCUUCCUGGUAAUGAUCAUCCGGGCACUUUCAAGUUUUGCUAUCACACGGGUCCCACUUUGGACGCUAACUUGAAUCAUCCAGCGAGUCCAUCCGAGGAAUGCAUCAAAUUGCCGGCGAAAUUCAUUGAGAACCACAUUCCCCUUGUUAAUCCGAUUCCAAAAAUUGUGGAGACAUGCAAGUACACGGUCUCCCCAGACCAUCAUUAUAUUAUUGGGCCUAUCUCUGAGGAUCGUCCUAAUGUGAUUGUUGGCGGUUGUGGCAGCGGAUCGGGUUUCAAGGUAGCGCCGGCAAUCGGACGAGUUCUGGCAGAAUUGGCCGCUGAUCAAGAUCCGUCAAUAGAAAUUGCAUUCUUCUCACCAGAUAGAUUCAUAUAA